AUGGCUAGCACCCGUGAUUCCCAUUCUUUCGCUUGCGACGAGUGCCGUCUGCGAAAGUCAAGAUGCUCGAAAGAAAAGCCGGUUUGCCUCCAAUGCCGGCAAUUAAACAAGGAGUGUAAAUAUAGCCCGAAAGUUUCUCGGAGCCCCCUAACGCGACAACACUUGACUCUCGUUGAAGAUCGCUUGCAUUCGUUUGAAACAGCACUGAGUAGGCUGUUCCCAGGAGGUGACCUGGAUGCUACCCUCCGAUCUCUUUUACAAAAUCCCGAGGGGCCUAGAGCUCCUUCAUCCAAAUCUUCUUCUCGGCACUCAACACCGGCUAAGCCGGAUGCCGAUAGGUCAGAGCCAGCUCCAGAAGCUCUGCCACAACAGGCUGAUGGGUUUGACUGGGCCGAGAAAGAACUCACACUUGGUGACCUGACAGAUGGCAUGGCCGCGUUAUCCAUAAAGCCCGAAGGAGCUGGCUAUUUUGGCGCUUCAUCAAGUGUGGUUCCUCUUCGGGCACUUUUUGAUCAUGGCUUCGAUCUGAACAUUCCCGUUCGCUCAGCGAGGUCCGGAGGAAUACCACUCAAGGCACAACUCCUGGAAAGCGCCCCAUCUGGUCUCAUUGAACAAGCCUUCAUCGACGCCUAUUUCCUCAAUUACCACACCAGCUACCCGUUCGUCCACGAACCAACCUUCCGCGCGCAGUUCAAUGACCCUUCUCUGCGGCCUCAUGGUACCGCAUGGCAGAUCUUGCUCAAUACUAUCCUAGCACUUGGAGCAUGGAGUAUUGGCGAUGAUAGCUCUGAUCUUGACAUUACCUUUUAUCAAGAAGCCAGGAGCUGCCUACAACAGUCCUCCGUCUUUGAGACUGGAAAUUUGACUCUGGUCCAAUCGUUGUUGUUACUUAGCAACUAUGUACAGAAACGCAACAAGCCUAACACGGGCUGGAACUAUCUGGGAUUGGCUGUUCGAAUGGCCAUGAGCCUGGGACUUCACAAAGAGUUCCCUGGAUGGAAGAUCAGUCUUCUGCAGCGGGAAAUUCGCCGCAGACUGUGGUGGGGUGUCUUCAUCUUUGACAGCGGCGCCGCAAAAACCUUCGGCAGACCCAUUCUUCUUCCGGAAGAAUGUGUGAUGGAUGCUAAACAGGUACUAAACAUCCACGACGACGCCCUGACACCCGCAACUACUUCCUUGCCACUUGAAUCACCCGGCCCAACUCUCUACUCUGGCUUGAUCGCCCAAUCUCGAUUUCACCUUCUUACCAACAGCGUUUACCAACGUCUGAUUUCCAGCCCAAGCAUUACACCAGAGGAAACCCUCAAUCUUCAAAAGCCUAUGGAUGAUUGGUACAAUGGCCUACCCUCCUAUAUGCACUACCCACUACAACCUCUAUCUACUCACCCGACACAGCCAGACUCAGACACUCUUGCCCUUGUCCGCAACCGCCUUCUUUGGCGAAACUGGAACCUGAUCAUUCUGAUCUACCGCCCCAUCUUGCUACGUUGGGCAGCCCGGCGAUGGGCGCCCCAUGGUGGCAGUUCUGACGGAUCAUCCGUCAGCUCCGAAACGGGAGUUGAAGAUCCAUCCGAAACAGAGUGUCGGGUACGUUGCCUACAGAACGCCCGGCUGACGAUUUCUUCCAUCUCCGAGUACAUGGACAAUUAUGUUUGCACAAGAAUCGGGGCGUGGUAUAUGCUAUACUUCCUAUUUCAAGCCGGAUUGAUCCCGAUCGUUUUCCUCAUGACGGAUCCCUCCAACCCCGAAGCACAGAGCUGGAUCCAAGACAUCGAAACAACGAAAGCUCUUCUUACCCACCCAUCUUUCUGCAACAACCGUUUCGCCGCCCGAUGCUCCGAAGUCAUCAACAGACUUUUGGGCCCAUCGAUAGGCUCUAUCUCUGGCAUGCAGCCAAACUCCCAACAGCAGAAUCCUCAACAAUACGGCCAACAACAAGCACAGGGCUUCAUGCCAUUCCCAGAACAUUUAUUUAGUGAUCCUAGCUUUGGUAGCAUGUUUCCCGUCGAACAACAGAUGCCCAGCCCAGCGGGCAUGGAUUUCUCAGAAUGGGUGAACUAUCCGCAACAGGAGUGA